UUUUUUUUGAUAAGUAGCAUCACUUCAAUUUCUCAACCACACCACUACAAAUAUAUAAAUAUAAUAUAUAAAUAUAUAUCAAAAAGUUCUCCAGAACCGGCGGAAUUGCCCAAUCCUAUAUUUCCUUGAAGUCAGUAUAUAUAUAUAUGUUAGAUAUGUAUAGAUAUAUGAAUUCUGUUCCAUUUUGUCUCUGUGACAUGUGAAUUUUUUUCUCAGACAUGUCUUCAUGCCAAACCUCUUCGAUGUUUGGUCGCAGAAACCCUUUACUCUUCCGCAAAAACCCAUAUUUCCUUUACAAACCCAAUCAAAAUCUCGGCAACUCAAUGAAAUCUCGAUGCCUGCUCGACCAAAUGUUGCCAAAAUUCGUUGUUUCGUCAUCACUGAGCUCGGUUCUUACCUCCGGCAACAUGAUUGCGGUUGCAGCGGCAGCCGGGUCGGGUUCGGUUCACGGGGCGGUGACGUCUGCCAUAACGCAGGUGGCGGUGACGGCGGUGGCCAUUGCCUCGGGGGCUUGUCUCUCUACUAAGGUUGAUUUCUUGUGGCCUAAAGAGGAGGAGCAACCUGGCUCUCUUAUACUGGAUGGAGUAGAUGUAACCGGGUAUCCCAUAUUUUAUGAUGCGCAGGUACAGAAGGCAAUUGCAUUUGCAAGGAAGGCUCAUCAUGGCCAGUUACGGAAAACAGGAGACCCUUAUCUAACGCACUGUAUCCAUACAGGAAAGAUUUUAGCAGUGUUAGUUCCAUCAAGUGGGAAAGGAGCUGUCGAUACAGUAGUGGCUGGGAUUCUCCAUGAUGUGGUUGAUGAUACGUGUGAAAGUCUACACAGCAUAGAGAGAGAGUUUGGUGAUGAUGUAGCAAAGUUGGUAGCUGGUGUUUCCAGGUUAAGUUAUAUCAAUCAGUUGUUACGGAGACACCGCAGGUUAAAUGUGAAUCAAGCUGCCCUUGGUCAUGAAGAGGCAGACAAUUUACGAGUGAUGCUGCUGGGCAUGGUUGAUGAUCCUCGUGUGGUGCUCAUCAAGCUUGCAGAUCGUCUUCAUAACAUGAGAACUAUUUAUGCUCUGCCCUCAUCCAAGGCUCAAGCUGUUGCACAAGAGACGUUAGUUAUUUGGUGUUCACUUGCUUCUCGAUUGGGUCUGUGGGCUUUAAAAGCUGAACUAGAAGAUCUGUGCUUUGCUGUUCUUCAGCCUCAAAUGUUUCGCUGGAUGCGAGCUGAAUUGGCUUCCAUGUGGAGCACUAGCAACAGGGCAGGCAAUCUGAGAAGAAUAUCUGCAAAAGCCAGCUUGCUUGCAUCAUUGGAUGAAAAGAACUCAAAUUGUCUCUAUCAAGGGUCCACGGCAAUGGAUGAUGACAACACAUGCAUGAAAGACCUAUUGCAGGCUGUUCUUCCGUUUGAUCUCUUGCUCGAUCGAAGAAAGCGAAUUAAUUUUCUUCAUACUAUUGGGUCAUAUUCAGAGUCUCAACGAAAACCGAAAGUUGUAAGGGAUGCUGGAAUUGCUUUAGCAUCUCUUGUAGUUUGUGAGGAAGCACUCGAGCAGGAGUUACUAAUUUCAAAUUCUUAUGUUCCUGGAAUGGAAGUAACCUUAUCCAGCCGUCUAAAGAGCUUGUACGGUAUUUACAGCAAGAUGAAACGAAAAGAGGUCGGCAUCAAUAAAGUAUGUGAUGCCCGUGCAUUGAGGGUAGUUGUUGGAGACAAAAAUGGGACUUUACACGGACAGGCAGUUCAGUGUUGUUACAAUCUUCUCAACAUCGUGCACAGGCUUUGGACCCCUAUUGAUGGUGAAUUUGAUGACUACAUUGUUAAUCCAAAACCAAGUGGCUAUCAGUCUCUGCACACUGCAGUACAAGGUCCUGAUAAUACCCCUUUGGAAGUUCAAAUUAGAACGCAGAGGAUGCACGAGUAUGCGGAACAUGGACUUGCUGCACAUUGGCUGUAUAAAGAAGCUGAAAACAUAUUGCCUUCUGUAAGCAGCAUGGAUGAUCCUGAAAUAACAGCGUCCUCAUAUCUCUCAAAAGAUAUGGAGGAUCAAAGUUCUAUUGAAGAAGACGUGUUUCAUAAGUACAGUUCCCUGAAAGCGGGACAUCCAGUCCUUAGAGUGGAAGGAAGUCACUUGCUUGCUGCGGUUAUUGUCAGAGUAGAUAAGGGUGGAAGAGAGCUGCUUGUUGCUGUGAGCUUUGGACUAGCAGCUUCUGAAGCAGUGGCAGACAGGAGAUCUACUUUCCAAAUCAAGCGAUUGGAAGCUUAUGCAAGAUUAUACAAAAAGGUGUCUGACGAGUGGUGGUGUGAACCAGGACAUGGAGAUUGGUGUACUUGCCUCGAAAAAUACACACUUUGUCGAGAUGGUAUGUACCACAAGCAAGAUCAAUUCCAGCGCUUACUGCCAACCUUCAUCCAAGUUAUUGAUUUGACAGAACAGGAUAGAACUGAAUAUCGGGCAGUUGUAUCUGCUGUUUUUGAGGGAAAACAGGUUGCUUCCAUUAGCCGCUAUGAGAGGACAAAUUCUGACUCUUUAAGUUCAACUUCUAUGGGAACUGGCAUCAAUAACAAGGUUCAUCUACUGAGGACAAUGCUUCAAUGGGAGGAGCAGCUGCGUUCAGAGGCUAGUCUUGAACAGCCAAUGCAUAAUUCGAAACUGUAUAGUAACCCUAACUCUGAUGCUCUUGGGGAAGUGGUGAUUGUAUGUUGGCCUCAUGGUGAGAUAAUGAGGUUAAGAACCGGAAGCACUGCAGCCGACGCAGCAAGAAGAGUAGGAUUUGAAGGAAAGCUGGUUUCCGUAAACGGCCAGCUUGUAUUGCCCGCCACAGAGCUCAAAGAUGGUGAUGUAGUUGAGGUGAGAAUGUAAAUAGCUCUAUAGGCUGUACAGUUGGUUAAUGUAGAAAAAAAUUAUACUUAUAUUUAUAAAUGAAAGAAAAUCAUAUUCAUUCUCA